AUGAUCGGAAUGCAGCUAACGAUCAGGCCGGCGGCGGCGGCGAGGUCGGCGAGCUUGCCGCGGGAGCACUCGCACCCGGUCCUGGCGCGGCUCGACGGCGGCAUCCGCGCGCUGAGGUCGUGGUCGGCGGCGGCGGCGGGGAGUGUUGUUGACGGCGACGGGCGGUGCUCCGGGGUGGCGCUCGUGGAGGACGUCCUGGCGGCGCUCGGCGAGCUCCUUGAGCUUCCGCAGGCGGCGGCGGCCGUCCACCGCGCGGCCGCGGACUGCGAGCGGGCGCUCGACGGGUUCCUCGUGCUCGCCGACGCCUACGGCACGUUCGAAGCGGCGCUGCUGGCGCUCAGGCAGAGCGCAGGGGAGCUGCGCGCCGGCGCCCGGCGCGGCGACGGUGCGAUGGUCGCAGCGGCGCUCCACGCGCACAGGCGGACGGAGAGGCAGCUGCGCCGCCUCGCCGCCGCGAUGCGACGCGCACUGAAGCACAGCCCGGUGGCGGCGGCGGCGGCGUCGAGGCCAGCGGUUGACACCGACGGCGAGGUGACCGGCAUCGUGGCGGAGGCUGCCGCGGUCACCGCGGCGGCGUCGGAGGCCAUCUUCCUGCGGUGCGUGGCAAUGUCGCGAGACGUGCCGGCAAUGGUGCAGACGGUGCCAUCGAACAAGUGGCUGGCAAGGCUAGGCGUGACGCGGGCGGCCAAGAAGGCGGCGUCGCCGGAGAUGGCGCCGGCGCCGGCAUUGGAGAGGUUGGAGGAGCUGGAGGAAUGCAUUGGUGAGAUGGAGAGUGGCAGCGAGAAGGUGUUCAGGAGGUUGCUGCAGACAAGAGUUUCACUUCUAAACAUCCAUAAUCCACUGUAAUUCUGCAGUCAUGUUGGUGUCUGUAUAUGUACUUAGCUACUAAGAUAUUAGAAGAAGAAAUAGGAAUGUGUAUAAUCACCGUGAU